CUGUAUCGUCGCAAACCCUAGAAUCCAAGAUUCGAGCUUCCCAUGAACUCUGCCGCCGUCGCAAUCAAAUCCAUCAAACUCGACCGCUCCCGGCCUAACUUAGACGAUGCCCGUUGCGAGGCCAAAACCCCAUCCCUCCUUUCCUACCCCAACAUCCUCAAAGCACAUUGUUCCUUCACAGUGGAUCGCUGCCUCUGGGUGGUGAUGUCGUUCAUGGCCGCAGGAUCACUUCAAUCCAUCAUUUCUCAUUCCCACCCCAACGGCUUAAUGGAGCCCUACAUCACCGUGGUUCUCAGAGACACGCUCAACGCGCUCUCCUACCUCCACUGCCAGCAUCUCCAUAGAGACAUUAAAGCCGGUAACAUCCUCAUUUACACCAAUGGGCAAGUGAAGCUUGCUGAUUUCGGUGUCUCCGCUUCCAUAUACGAGUCCACCACCACCACCACCACGUCUUCUUCUUCGUCUCUGAAGUUCACUAAUGUUGUCGGCACGCCCUAUUGGAUGGCUCCUGAGGUGAUUCACUCACACACAGGUUACAGUUUCGAGGCUGAUAUAUGGUCUUUUGGGAUAACCGCGUUGGAGCUUGCGCAUGGAAGGCCUCCUCUCUCGCACCUUCCACCUUCCAAGUUCAUGAUGCUCAAGAUCACCAAGAGGUUUCCUUUCUCCGAUGAUUUCGAUGACAAGGAAAAUAUGAUAACACAAUUAAAGAAUGCACAGAGGCAUUAGAACUGAAUCUUGUGUGCGUUAAAGCUUUGGUAAGAAGAGGAGAAGCUCAUGAAAAGCUUGAGCAUUUUGAAGAGGCCAUUGCUGGUGAGUUCAAAUUUUAUAAUAGAGUGGAGGGUAAUUAUACAAAGUAAGGGAGGUGUAAUUUCUCAAAUAAGAAAUGUGUCAAGUGCAAUGAGUACUCACCUAAGGGAGCUUCUUGUAAUUAUCCCUUUAUUUUGGUCUUAAUGUACAAUUGGACGACUGUGUAUUUACCACACUAAUAGCUUUCUGAUUCUUAUAG